AUGUUCCUCCCAUUCUUAAACAUCACCGUUUAUGAUAUCCCACAGCUUCUCUGGGCCCUCUUGAACGGUCGUCCCCCGUCAACACCCAUUGGACCUCAGCCUGAGACACCUAGCGCCCCAGGGCCGGGAGUUCCAGCGAGCACAGAGCCCGAUUCCGCCACCCCAGGCGCGGAGCCCCUUCCACCUACUGGACAGCAACCAAACGUCCCUAGCCAGGGCGAAGACCUCGGCACUGAGGUUCCAUUGCCAAGACCGGAUCCCCGUCUCUUCGCACUCAUUAUUGGGAUUAAUAACUACAAAUAUCCCGGUGUUCACAAUUUGCUCGGGGCGGUUCCCGAUGCUGAUGCCGUUCGAGAUUACUUGCAAGAGCAACUCGGAGUCCCAAACUCCCAAAUAAUAAAUCUCCGAGACAGUCAAGCUACGCGGGCCGCGAUUCUCCACGAAAUCAACGCGCUCAUGAAUGACAAACGGAUCCAGAAGGGAGAUCCAAUCCUCAUAUAUUAUUCCGGGCACGGUGCAAGCGCCCUAGCACCGCCGAACUGGGAAGCAGGGGGGUCUCAUAUCCAGCUGCUAGUUCCACACGACCAAUCUUGCAUCGAUCGCAGUGGCCGCCAAGUUCUAGGAAUCCCGGACCGAACGCUAGGCGUUCUACUGGCACGUCUUGCGCACGAGAAGGGCGAUAAUAUUUCCGUCAUCCUUGAUUGUUGUCACUCUGGCUCCGGCACGCGAACUGACGAAAUUGAGCCUACUCGUCUAGUCCGGGGCAUCAAAGUCGAACAUAUUCCCGUCGACCUCGACGAAGAGAUUUGGGCAACCUUUCAGCCGUCUUCAUCUCAUGAUCGCGCCACCGCCAUCGCUGCGGGCUUCACCCAUAGCGGCCUCGCAUCCCACGUGCUCCUGGCUGCAUGCGGUGCAGAGGAAUUCUCCUAUGAGGAAGAGGGAAGGGGUCUCUUCACAAAAGCGUUGGUCGACGCGCUCGUUAGCUAUGGGGCCGAUAAGCUCACGUAUGCCGAUGUAGUUCAGCGGAUGGCGAGUCUACCCAAACAAAAUCCGCAAUGCGAAGGCGUUAACCAGAGCCGAAUUCUGUUCAACGCCAGAGCUGCAGACCAGCGACCUCUCCUUUAUAAAAUACGUAAAGAUGGUAAUCAAUACCUGAUGAGCGCAGGGGCAGCUCAUGGUGUCGCUGCCGAAGCUCAAUUUGCAGUGUACCGGGACUGGAACUCGUCUCUGAAGGGGGAAUCCUUGGGCACCGUCACCGCUCGCCUUCCAGGACCUUUUCACACAAUAUUAGACGCCUUUCCCAAGGGAUCCGACUUCGCUCUCGAGACUGAAGGACUUGCGCUUCAGACUCGCGCAGGAGCUGAGGAAGAUCUCAGACUCCACAUUGUAAUGGAUGAGAUGCUCGUCACCGUCUUCGAAGCGCUAGGAAAGGAGAUGCAGAGGACUGAUCCUGCACGCAGGAGCAUAAUGCUGGUCGAGAAAGAGAAGGCCGAACUCGAUAUCGCGCUCGAGAAUGGAAGCGUCGUUUUCAACAUCCUCAAUCCUCUGGUUACCCAGUAUGGAUUGACUCGCAUGCCCUUCGUGGUCGAGCCAACCGUCGAUGCCGUGCAACCUGUGAUCCGCGCCGCUGCCCACUUCUACUGGCACCUUCGCCGAAAGAGCGCCAAAGGCGUUUUGCAAAAGUGGGUCGACAUUGAGUUCACGCAACUCAUCGAUUCGGAAGAAGAGUAUGACGACGAGCUCCAGCCUGUCCUCCGUCCGUACGGCCCAAACUUGAAUCGCGACAACGUUAUCGACCUGCGAGUCAAGGACAGCGCAAGAUACGGCCUCAAAAUUACGAAUAGAUCAAACGUGGCACUGUAUCCGGCGCUAUUCUACUUCGACAACAGCGAUUUGAGCAUCGAAUCGUACUAUCAGCCGCCGACUGCCAACGGCAUCGUCGAUCCACCUCUUCGAGGAAAGGAUUCUCUUACCAUAGGCUAUGGAGAUUCUGGGUCGCCCCCGCAGCGAUUCUUCCUCCGAGACGGACAGAAGCUCGACGUUGGGUUGCUAAAGCUGUUCCUCUCGACAGAAUAUGUGGAUUUGUCACAUAUCCCCCAACCAUCGCCGUUCGGUGAGGGUCGUGGCUCAACGCCAGAUCCAGUAAAACCCCACCACAUCUGGGACACUAUACUAGUUCCUCUAAUCCAACGAAGUGUACUCUAA